GAGUCUUAAUUAGUUUUUACAAAUUAAUAGGGGCACUUGUCAAAGUAAAAGGGGGCACUUUUCCUUGGUGAAAAGGGGCACUUCUUACAUAAUAUAGUUAACGAGGCACUUUGAAUGUACAAUAUAGAUACCUCACGGUAGUAUAACAAUAACAUUGUGGGGGUCGAUCUUUGAGAAAGUUUGCAUUAAAUUGUUGUUAUUUCAUUGCUUUGAUAAGUAAAAGAUAAUCUUCUAUGUAUACGAAACGAUGAAUUAUUAAGGACAUUCUUAGCUGCCUACGUUCGACUGACUUCAAGCCAUAUAUUGAAAAUCGAGAGCAGCUCUAGAAAUCGCAUUAAUGGAGGUAUAUGGUAAGCCAUCUCAUUAGCACAUUGUUUUCAUUUCGAGGUCAUAUUCCUAACCUACUUCUCACACAAUGCGCAUCCACCCGUCAAACUUAAUUGUUGCGCGUAUGUUCCUUUUGUUGACGUCACAAUAGUAAUACAUUUAAUCACUAUUGAUUAUGCGGCUCUCCGUAGUGACAUAUCUAUUAUUCAAACAAAAUCAUUGAUUAUAGCCGGGCCUCUGAUUCACACUGCAUUGUCUAAGUACGACUUCUUUAAGAUGAUAACAAAACUACUUCUCGUAGUAAUAUGUGAUUAAUGUUUUCGAAAUCCAACUCAGUCGGAAUCUCCUGGAAAAGUUCUACUGCCGGAUCGAAUAAUCUGAUGUUGUAUGUUUUCUGUACCGUCUACGACCAGCUCGGCACGGUGAAGCGUUUAGAGAUUAAGGCUUGCAUUUCACCAUGUAAGCCCAAGAGCAAUAGCAGCAUCAUACCCUUAGCUGGUGAUGAUUACCACAUCAUGCAUGCCAGGCCAAAGCGCAUGGGUAUAACCCAUUGGAAGACACCAUGCAAAGAAACUGUGGACCAAGCCGGUGAACAGAUAUCCAGCGGUUCACUUCUCACCAUCCGCCUGAAUCCACUCCCGAUCCAUCCUCCUAUCAACCCAAAGGGACACACGCCACCGUCUCACAGCGCACGGAAUACCAACACAGAAUGGAAUCCAAGAUCGUCAACGGUUGCGGGUUCGGCGUCACUGCCCAUUCAAGAUCGGCAUCUACGAUUCAACGUCACACAGCGAUGCCGCAUGAAAGAUUUCGGAAACUACAACGCCGAUAAUAUUCUGCGGAACUUCAAGCUUCCUUUGAUAUUCCGGAAACCAGCACAUGACGGGUUUCCAUGGAAUGAAAAGAAGCAUAAGACUAAGAAGGCCUCUGAAGAUCUGUUCUUGCCGCCUAUAACUCACGGUGGCAACGAUGGGUUGGUAUUCCAGAGAGCGUUGUGGAGAGCAUCGUUGGACAGAUCGGAGAAAGUGGCCAGUAUUCCACCGGUUGAGAGAAAGCUGGAGAAGAAACACCAUCGAAAGAGACCAACCCUUGAGGCCAAAGGAACCAAAGCACCAACACGAACUAAGACAAGCAAUCCUGCUACUCAAAAGACAAAGUAACAAUAACAAUAUUGUGUAGACCAGACCGGACAUUACUCUAUGGGAGAGGAACUCAUUCUACAUUCCAAACACUGAAGAGGAAAUGGACUUUUAUAAAUUGAAAUGAAUUGCAUUGAAUUUUAUUUCUGCAUUUGCAUUAGAAUUACAGAAACACAGUUAUAUACAAAAGUAAAAAUAUAAGUAUCAGUAUUAGUGUAAAAGUAUAAAUAUUUAUAGGGCAACGAGAUUGUAAUGAAUUUAAUGUAAUGUUCAUUUUACACUAUAACUACACAAGAACUAUUACAGAAAUAUACCUUACAAAGUAUUCCGAAGUCUAGAUAAGCUAGCAUGCAUUAAAAAUGAGACAGGGGGUUGGUUUAAAUACCUGAAUGCAGAAAUGCAAAACCUGUGACCUCAAA